UCUAUCUAUCUUCUAUCUAUUAUCUAUCUAUAUCAUGCAUUUAAUAUUUGCUUAUUUUUAACUUAUUGGCCACAUACGGUAUUUUUACACUGUAUUUGUCUUCUUAUUUUCCAGGUGAUACUUCACUCCCUGCAGACAGGUGAUGGAAUCUACACCAAGCAGCUGGUAUCUCCAGCUCAUCUAUUUACUCAUGGUCACCUCAACCUAUGCCAGAUCUGUGUAUAAUAAAGAUCCUUACGGACAUCCAAACUCCGGGAGCCUUGGAGAGAUCGACCAUAAGUGCUGGGAAGCGGCGUCACGCAAGCUGGUGGAGAUGAAGAAGCUCAGGGUGGCAGAUACUACCAUGGGGCUGUGGGACUUCAUGAUCUACCUUGAAAGAUCAGCCAAUCCCAAGCAUAACGCACUCUUUGAUGGUUUGGCGCAAGACUUCUGGGACAUGUAUGUAGACUGCGUCCUCUCAAGGUCUCACAGGGUGGGCAGAAGACAAGUGUCAUCUCCAAAUCUUUCAUUUUAGCUACAGAAACCUAUAAAAGGCAUCCCUUUAAUGAAACCCUGGUUUUAAUGUGACAAGAAGAAUCCUGUCAUAUAGGGAGACGUUCUGUCCAUGUAGUUAUUGAAAUCCGUGUCGGUCUAAGAAGGUCGUUACGUCCGAUAUUCUG